AUGUUAAAUUCUUAUGUACGAAAUUAUAUUUUAUCUCAAGCUCAAGCAAAAGUUAUGUCACAAACACAAGGUCUUUAUCCAGCACCAUUGAAAAUUUUAGAUGUUAUCCAACAAACUUUAGAAAAUGGUUCAAAAGUUGGAUUAAAUGCUGAAGCAGAAGCUUUUGCAGAUCUUGCUAUAACUAAUGAAUCAAAAGCAUUAAUUAGUCUAUUUCAUGGACGUACUGAAUGUAAAAAAAAUAAAUAUGGAAAACCCGAAAGAGAAAUCAAAACUAUUGCUAUCAUUGGUGCUGGUGAAAUUGGUGCUGGUAUUGCACAUGUAUCUAUUGAUAAAGAUUUUCAAGUCAUACUUUAUGAUACUACAUCAAGUGCACUUUAUCAUGGUCAAUCACAAAUAAUUAAGAGUUAUCAAAAUUAUAUUAAACGAAAUCGAAUAACAAGUACUGAAUAUAGUCGAAUAUUAUCGAAUUUAAAUUGUCAAACAACAUUUGAUAAUUUAGAAAAAUGUGAUAUUAUAAUAGAAAGUGUAUUUGAAGAUCUUAAAUUAAAACAAAAUAUUCUUAAUGAACUUGAACAAUACAUUCCAGAACAUUGUAUAUUUGCGUCUAAUACAUAUAUACUAUCUAUUCAUCAAAUAGCUGCAAAUAGUCGACGUCCACAUAAAGUUAUUGGUAUGCAUUAUUUUUCUCCAGUUGAUAAAGUUGAAUUAUUAGAAAUUAUUCGAGCUAAACAAACAUCUGAUAAUACGAUUUGUACAGCAGUUAGUGUUGGUCUUAAACAAGGAAAAAUUAUUAUUAUAGUUAAUGAUAGUCCAGGAUUUUAUACAACACGUUUAUUAAUAUUUUCUUUUAUUGAAUUAUUUUAUCUUUUACAAGAAGGUUUAUUACCGAAUGAUAUUGAUAAAGCAACAAAAAAAUUUGGUUUUCAUAUUGGUUUAGCAAUAUUAUUAGACAGUGGCGUAGCCAGCAGGGUAGCAAUUGGGCAAUUGCCACCUAAAUCAAAUUCUAUUGCCACCUAA